AUGAUGACGGAACCACAAUUACCAAGAAGAGCGAGAAUGCCACCGAAGAGAUCACGCUUAACGGUUCCCAUCUUCCUCGGUGUCAUGCUUGCAGUAAUUGGAAUCCAAGGAACUUAUCUUGGAUAUACGGUCGGCAUUCUCACGAAUUUAGAACGUCGUUUCGGUAUUUCGAGUCGGAAGUCGGGAACACUCCUAUCUGUCUACGACAUCGGCCAUACAGUUGCUGUCGUCUUAGUUGGUUUCAUGGCUAAUGGACGUCACUUACCCAGAAUUACAGCUAUCGGCGUUAUUCUAAGCGCUCUGUCAAUGUUCUUUCUCACACUACCAGCUGCAAUAUUUGGAGCAAUCUCUUAUGACCAUGAUUCGUUGACACAACAUCGACAUGCUUAUAUACUGGAAAAUGUUUGUGAUCCACAACGGUCGCAAGGCUACAAUGAGCAUUGUGCUCGUGAACGUAGAGAGGAGAUCGCUGCGUUCUAUAUUCUCUCGGUUGGACAGUUCCUGGCGGGUAUUGCUGCAGCGCCGUUCAACACCAUUGCAUAUGUCUACAUUGAUGAUAAUCUCGAAAACAAGGCACNCAGCGCCGUUCAAUACCAUUGCAUAUGGCUUCUAUCGAGCAUGUACGCGUUUGGUCCUGCAUUCGGAUUCGCUUUAAGUGCUGGUCUUACGAGAGUAUACUCCUCAAUUGGUGACGCGCCUCCAAAUCUGGAUAUCCACAGUGAGGAAUGGGUUGGCGCAUGGUGGUUAGGCUAUCUGAUCUGUGGUGUUCUAUAUUUAUUCUGCUCUAUUCCACUGUUCUUCUUUCCCAGAUCAUUACUCCAUCCGGAUGAGGAUCCGAACAGCAUCGAAUUACACCAACUCAGGCAUGAACAACUGCAUCUGCAUACACAUCACGAUCAUGAACUUGAGGCAAGUGGAGCGGAAGCGCUUGAGGAGCCGUCAUUUCUGCAGCAGUUAAAAAUCGCACUUGAAGAUUUACCGUAUAUGGCUUGGGAUUUACUGAAGAAUCCAGUGUAUACAUCAAUGGUGAUCGGAUGGAUGUUUGGAUCGUAUCUGGUUGGUGGUUACAGUACAUAUUUACCGAAAUAUAUCGAAACACAGUACGGUAGAAGUGCCUCGACGGCUGAUAUGUAUGCAGGCCUGAUAUCAAUUGGAAGUGUCGCCGUGAGUACAGCUUUGGGUGGUUACAUUCUAACCAAAUUCAAUUUGUCACCUCGUAAAGCGAUUUUAUGUCUGAUUGGAAGUUGGCUGGUUAUAUUCGCUUCAUAUUUCUUGGGAAUGACUGUGGGGUGUGACGAACCGGCAGUUAAAGAUCUCGUUCUGCAUUCAGUGAAUUCUCAGUAUGAGUUUUUGGAUUCAUCAGAGUGUAAUUCCGAUUGUCAUUGUAAUGUGGUUCCGCAUUUCAAUGCCGUACAUUACAAUCAAACGAAUUUCUUCUCGCCGUGUCACGCAGGAUGUCGUCAAUUCAAUUCGUUUCUAGAGAAG